AUGCGGGCUGAAGCUCGGUGUCGACAAAAAACACAUCCUCCCCCAUGCUCUUCGGUGGCGUUUGUGUCGGGGGCCGCGCCGGAAUGCGUCAGCGGGAAGCGAAGUGACCGGGACGACUGCGAUCAAGAUUCUGCGCAGCGGGAAUGCAAGAGGCUGCAACUCAAGCCCCGCUCGGUACCCGUGGAGUCGAAUGAGGAGAACGCUGCUGUGCUGAAGGCCACCAAGCUUGCACCUAAUGCCCCGUGGUCCAUUUUCGGCGGAGCGCGACUCAUUGACAUGGCUGCCCGAGAGCGUGAUAUUGAAGCAUGUCUGGCUCGGCAGCGUGAGGAAGAAGAGCACCGACGAAUGCGGAACCGGGGGCUCUUCCAGCAGAGUCGCAAGGACGACCUGGUGCGGCGCUCCGGUGUCGCCUCUGGUUCACAGAGAAAACGGAGUUCCUCGGAGUCUGGCAGUGAUUCCUACUACAAUGGAGAAAGGCAACCACCCUCGCAGCAGUGCAGCAACGACAGCCGUCACCGUUCGAAAAGUAGCCAAUAUGGCUCCCAGGCGCGCUGUGAUGCACCGGUACGUGACGAUCAGGGAGAAUGUUCACACCAACCACCAGCUGGCCGCAUCAGACGACCCGACUCAGACGUAAAAGUAGCAUCGGCACUGCAGUCGACCGACGCGGUCUCCGAGUCCUACCCAAAGCGAACGACCCUUGGACACCUGCCAGGAACACUUUCGUCACAGGGGGGGGGGGGAAUCUCGCCCGUCGCGAGGUUGGCUAGAGACGUGCUGCGCACCAGUGAUGCGCGUGGCCCACUCACGGGCUUUAAAAGCGGCAGCUGUAGCAUGGCCAGGGGUGCUAUGCAGGAUGGCCCGAGCUUCUCGGGCACAAGAGUUUGUUCCGAGCUCGCAUCACGGCGGUCAUGA